AAUCCCGCGGCGGCGGCGGCGGCUCCGCUCCGCCGCGCACGGCCCGGCCCGGCCCCGGCCCCGGCCCGGCAGCGCGGGCGGGCGGGCGGGCAUGCGAGGAGCCGGGGGCCCGCCCGCCGCCACCCACCUGCCGCCCGCCCAGCCGCCAGCCGGGGCGCCGGGCUCGCCCCUCGCCGAGCGAUGUCCAGGAGGAAACAGAGCAACCCCCGGCAGAUCAAACGUUCCCUGGCAGCAAUGGAGGAAGGCGAGGAUGGCCCGGCGGGGGACAAGAGCCCCUCAGAGAGGGAGGGGGCUGCCUCGGACCACGAGGGCUCUGCUGAGCGUGACACUUCCAGCCCCCCCAGCAGCGAAGAGUCCAGAGACUCCUUGGAGAGUCCGAAGGAGCUGGAGAAGCCGGAUCCUGGAGAAAACGCGCGGGAGCCGGACACCUGGAAUGGGCCAGAUGAGCUGGAUCUGGCUGUGCAGGAGGGGGAGAGGCAGGUGCGAACCCGCAGGAGCCUCCCCGAGGGCUUCUCCUGGGGACCCUUCCAGGGCAGCAUCCACAGCGAGCCGGCAUCGCCGGGGCACGGCGAGAUGAGCCCACCCGUGACGCUGGUGCUGGGGGACGAGAGCUGCUGGCUGUCCCGGCUGCCCCUCGUGCCUGGAGAGCCCGACGCCAACGCCGUGAUCUACAGGAAGGACGAAGCCCUGUGGUGCCGGACGACGCGCGCCCUGAGAGAGGAUGAAGCCGUGUGCGCCUUCGUGGUGGCCGAGCCGCCAGCCAUCCCCAACAGCCACGCGGUGAAGGCAGAGCCCAGCGACUCGCUGUACCCGGCCGCGCUGCACUCGGACAUCCAGCUGCUGCCGCAGCAAGCCGGCAUGGCCGCCAUCCUGGCCACCGCUGUGGUGAACAAGGAUGUCUUCCCAUGCAAGGACUGCGGGAUCUGGUACCGGAGCGAGCGCAACCUGCAAGCCCACCUGAUGUACUACUGUGCCAGCCGGCAGAGUGCCAGCUCGCCCGCCCUGGAGGAGAAGCCCAAGGAGACCUACCCCAACGAACGCGUUUGCCCCUUCCCCCAGUGCAAGAAGAGCUGCCCCAGCGCCAGCUCCCUGGAGAUCCACAUGCGGAGCCACAGCGGAGAGCGGCCGUUCGUCUGCCUGAUCUGCCUGUCCGCCUUCACCACAAAAGCCAACUGCGAGCGUCACCUGAAGGUGCACACAGACACCCUGAACGGUGUUUGCCACAGCUGUGGCUUCAUCUCCACCACAAGGGACAUCCUCUACAGCCAUCUGGUCACCAACCAUAUGAUCUGCCAGCCGGGCUCCAAGGGAGAGGUGUACUCACCGGGACCAGCCCUGCCCGCCGCCAAACCCCUCGCCCCCGGGCUGAGCCAGACGAACAACGCAUCUCUGCGAAAGUGCAGCCUGCCGGCGUUCCUGCCCGAGGGGCUGCCGGCACUGCCACAGCAUGUGGUGCUGCAUGGCCCCCUGCCCGCCCCACCACCUGGCCCCGACACCACGGGCCCCCCAGCACCGCCCACCUCACCCCCCGACACCAGGGCUGGCAAGCUUUCACCACCAGCCCAGCCACAAAACGGGGAAGGGCCAUCAUCAUCAUCAUCAUCGUCCUCCUCUUCCUCUUCCUCCGGCGAGGCCAUCCGCGUCAAGGAGGAGCCUGCCAGCAGCCCAGCCAGCGAGGCGGAGGCGCCGAAAAGCGGUGGCCCUGGGGAGGGGGGCGGCAGCCCCGACGCCUGCUCCCGGACUUCAUCCCCCCGCAGCCUGCCCUCGGCGAAGGUCAAGUCGGAGCUUGCCAGUCCCACGCCAGGCUCCAGCCCGGUGCCCAGCGAGCCGGGGACAGGCACAGCCGGCGGCACCGUCUUCCUACCCCAGUAUGUGUUCGGCCACGAAGCCGCAGUGGUGCCGCAGGCGUCGGAGAUCCUGGCAAAGAUGUCGGAGCUGGUGCACAGCCGGCUGAAGCAGGGCCACGGCAGCGCAGUGCCACCCACCAUCUACACCGGCACACCGGUGCCCAAGGGUGCCACGUGCUUUGAGUGCGAGAUCACCUUCAACAACAUCAACAACUACUAUGUGCACAAGCGUCUCUACUGCUCUAGCCGGCACCUGGCCGAGGACAGCGCCCCCGGGGUGCGCAAGCUCAAAGCCCCCCCCGGGGCACCCAAGGGUCCUCCUGCCCCAGGGACACUGCUGUCCCCGCCAGCAGGCGAUGGGCAGGGGACACCGGCAGCAGACGGGGAUGCCGGACAGGAUGCCACGCCACCGGCCGCCACAUCAGAGGUGAAGGCAGAAGAGACGGGGGGCAAAGCGGGGUCCCCUGAGGCAGAGGGGGGGUCAGGGCGGUGCAGUGAGGACAGCCAGAGCCCCAGCAGCUCGGCAGGGGACGAGGGGGACGAGGACCCCAGCAAGACGCUAUGCGAGGCGUGCAACAUCCGCUUCAGCCGCCACGAGACCUACGUGGUGCACAAGCGUUUCUACUGUGCCUCCCGCCACGACCCCCCCCUCCGCCGCCCCAGUGCCCCCAAAGUCCCCUUCCUGCCCCAGCCUCUCCGCACCCGCAAACGCCGCAAGCUCUACGAGAUCCACGGGGCUCCUCACCGCCCCGCCGAACCCCCACCAGCCCCCGAGCCCCCGCCAGCCCCUGACCCGCCAGGGGCUGCCCCCUCGCCCCGCUCCAGCCCGGAUGCCGAUGGUCCCAUUGACCUGAGCAAGAAGCCGCGGUGGCAGGGGGAUCCGACGCCGGCACCACUGCUGCCCUUGGCCGACUACCACGAAUGCACUGCCUGCCGCAUCAGCUUCAACAGCCUCGACAGCUACUUGGCCCACAAGAAAUACCAGUGCCCGGCCACCCCGCUGCAGCCCCGCACCCUCGAGCACCUCCAGAAGAUGAAGGGGACCAUGCCAGCCCCCCUCAAGGGUCGGCGCAGCCCCAGCAGCCCCGGCGAAGGGGACCCCGAAGGUGUGCGGGUGAGGGCAGCUCCGGCGGGGAGCCCUGGCAUCCCCUACCCCAGUGCAUCCGGGGCAGACUCACUGCAGCGACACCCUAAGGGUCCCCUGCCACCCCCGGGGGCAAAGGGACCCCUGGCUGCCUGUCCCUACUGUCCCCUCAAUGGGGCCAUCAAGAGUGACCUCCUCGAGCACUUCCGUAACGCCCACGGGCUCUUCAUUGCCAAGCCGCCGGUGGCCGGGCAAGGGCUCCCUGAUGCCCCAGCACCCAGUGCCGGCAGGACACCCGAGUCCCCGCUGCCCACGGCGUCACCCCCCCCGCCUCCUGCACCCCGCCUUCGCCGGGACAGCUUCAACGGCAAGGAGGGUCAGGACGGCAGCCCCCGGGCCCCCGCCUCACCCCGGCCCCCCGCUUCACCUGGAGCCCCCGAGGGACUGCGGGAAGCCACCCGCAAGCCCCCCACGCCCCCUGCCUACACGGACAGGGGCGUGCAGACCCCCCCGGCCAAGGCUGUGCCCAGCCCGGUGCCCAACGGCAACCACAGGUACUGUCGUCUCUGCAACAUCAAGUUCAGCAGCCUCUCCACCUUCAUCGCCCACAAGAAGUAUUACUGCUCCUCCCACGCCGCUGAGCACGUCAAGUAAAGCCCCCCCGACACUGCCCCCACCCCACCGCUCGCCGGGGGGGGGCUGCAGGGGCUGGGGGACUGGGAACCAAUGGCUGGCACCCCCUCUUGCAGGGGUCAGGGUGAUGGAGGCUCCACUGGGGCAGCUUCAGCAUCCGCAGGUCCCUCCAGUAUCCCCAAACUGCACCCCAGGUUGGGGGUCUCACGUGCCCCUGGCCAAGGACCCUGUGGCAGGGGGGAGCACGGUGCUGGUGGCCCUGCCCCAGCCCGCGGGCUGUGUGGUGUCCCCACCUCUGCCCCUGCUGCAGCCAGGGCCAGUGCCAAAGGGAAACUGAGGCAGGGAGAAGGCACAUGGCCCUGCCCUGGCCAGGGAGCUGCAGGAGGGGCUCUGCCCCCGAGUAGACACUACAGGGGUGGGGAGGGGGUACAGCGUGGCUGGGCUUGGCCCUGGGCACCGUAGUAAGCAUGUGGGUGCCCCCCAGCACAGACCGGACCCUGCAAGGGGGCAGCACUGAAGGCAAGGAUGAAGCUACCCUGGGAACCGUGUGUAUAAGUGUGUACAGAAAUAAAUAUGUCUAAUAAA